AUGGCGGAAGCUGCGACACGCUGGGGCUUAGCGCCGCGGGCAGCGCCCUCUGCGCCCAUGCCGGCGCCUGUGCUAGUGCCUUCCGCUGGAGGCGGCGUGCAGGGCAGGGGAGCACCACGGCGGAGCAGCAGCUGCGGCAGCAGCGGCCGCGCCCUUGUACAGGGUGUCGCUCAGCCGGGCGUUGCGGGCGGAUACAGUCAUGGGUCGCUUCAGGUGCUGCCAUCGGGCUCGAGCCCCGACCUGGCAGCAGCAGCCGCGGCUGGCACGGCCGCAGCAGCAGCGGCGGCCGCCGCAGGCACCAACAGCGCCGCCGGCGCCGGCCGAGGGGCCCGCAGCGGCUUCAGUCGCAAGGCGUGGCAAGCCGAGCAGGGCGGCCUGGGCAGCGGGGCCGCCGGCCCGCCGUGGCCGGGGGCCGUCCCCGCGGAUGCACUCGCGUCUUCGAGCCUGCAUGCCGCAGGGGUGGAUGCCCGGGCGGGGUGCUUCCCGAGCCUCCAGGUGCAUGACGCGUACCUGGGCGCCUCCGGCGGCUCGCUGCAGCCACUGACCAACAGCCUGGAGCGCGUGCUGCACCCGAGCACGCUGGCGGCCUUGGGUGUCGCGCAGCAUGGGAGUGGAGAUGAAAGCGCUGGCAGCGAGACAUCGCCGGCGCUGUUGGCUCUGCUGGAUUCCAGAAUGCAGGGCCUGCGGAUGCAGACAGAGGCAGCACAGCAGCCGCCGCCGCUGCAGCAGCAGCAGCCACAGCAGCAGCAGUGCGAUGCUGCGGCGCUCUCGCUUCUCGCCUUUCGGCAGAGUGAGCUGCAACGGCUUUAUGGCGGCUACGGCGGCAGCAGCAGCCACGUGGUGAUGGCGCCGGCAGCUGCCCACUUGCGGCCAUUGUCAGAGCACAGUGUGCCGCCAGAGGUGGGCAUGUCGUACGGCUCGAUGCUGCGGGGGCCUGGGGCGGCAUCAGCAGUACCCAGCCAGCAGCCAAGGCAGCAGCUUCGGCACCAGCAGCUUCUGCAGCACAUGCCAGCAGAGCAGAGCCGUCCAGACCUGCUCAGCAGGCUGCAGCUGAUGCUGGAACAGCAGCGGCAGCAGCUGCAUCAGCAGCAAGUGUGGCACAAUCAACUGCUGCACAGUAGUCAAAUCCAACAGCAGACGUUGGAAGCUGAUGAGCCUCUGCAGCAGGGUCAAGUUGAGGAAUGGUGGCAUUACAACCAGCAACAGCAGCAGCAGCAGUACUGGCAACAGCAACAGCAGCAACAGCAACAGCAGCAACAGCAACAGCAGCAGCAGCAGCAGCAGCAGCAGCAGCAGCAGCAGCAGCAGCAGCAGCAGCAGCAGCAGCAGCAGCAGCAACAUGUUGCUGCUGUACAGCAGCAGCCGCAGCAACAAGAGCACCAGCUGGAGCCCCGCCAGCAGACUCAGGGCGAAGGGCAGCAGAAGACGGGUUGCGGUGUACACAGCGAGAAUGAAGAGGAUGAGGUGCGGCUUCAUCUGCUGCAGGCCAUGGCUGCAACGAACGCCUCUCUGCCUGCGAGCGCCGGUGUGAGCGCCACUCGCGGCACUUGA